AUGUCCGUGGUCCUGUCCAGCAUCAGGUGGUACCUGGAUGUCAUACGGGAGGCUCAGCUGGCCGACUAUGGCCCGGUCAGGGGCACCAUGGUCAUUCGCCCCUACGGCUAUGCCCUCUGGGAGCGCCUCCAGUCCUGGCUCGAUGCGGCCCUGAAGGAGCAUGGCGUCCAGAAUGCCUACUUCCCCCAGCUUAUUCCCAUGAGCUUCUUUGAGCGCGAGGCCGAGCACGUGGAGGGUUUUGCGCCUGAGCUGGCCAUCGUCACCCGAGGCGGCGGCAAGGAGUUGGAGGAGCCGCUGGCACUGCGCCCCACCUCUGAGACCAUCAUCAACAGCAUGUUUGCCAAGUGGGUGCAGUCCCACCGCGACCUGCCCAUGCGCCUCAACCAGUGGGCCAAUGUGCACCGCUGGGAGAUGCGCACCCGCCCCUUUGUCCGCACGCUGGAGUUCAUGUGGCAGGAGGGGCACACCGCACACGCGACCCCGGAGGAGGCCCGCGCCGAGGCCAUGGCCAUGCUGGAGGUUUACCGCGAGUUCGCGGUGACCCAGGCCGCCAUGCCCGUGAUCGCCGGGCGCAAGUCGCGGAUCGAGCAGUUUGCGGGCGCGAACGCGACCUUCACCAUCGAGGCCAUGAUGCGCGACGGGCGCGCGCUGCAGGCCGGCACCACCCACGACCUGGGCGACAACUUCUCGCGCGCUUUUGGCACCCAGUUCUCCGACGCGGGGGGGCGCCUGCGCCAUGCGCACCAGGCCAGCUUUGGCAUGAGCACGCGCAUGGUGGGCGGCGUGGUGAUGAGCCACGGCGACGACACCGGGCUGCGCCUGCCGCCGCGCAUGGCCCCCCUCCAGGCGGACGUGGGGACGGAGAAGUCACCGGGCUGGAAGUUCAGCCACUGGGAGAUGAAAGGCGUGCCCCUGCGCAUCGAGAUCGGGCCGAGGGACGUGGCGUCUGGGACAUGUGCCAUCGCGCGCCGUGACCGUCCUGGAAAGGAAGGCAAGGAGUUUGGCGUCCCGCUGGCUCCAGAGCUCCUGGUGCAGGAGGUCCUGAAGCGGCUGGAUGAGGUCCAGGCUGAGCUGCUGGAAAGGGCGACAAGGUUCAGGGACGAGCAUAUCCUGGAUGUGUCCUCCCACUCCCAGUUCUUGGAGGUCAUUGAGCAAGGCAAGUGGGCGCGCGGGUGGUGGGCAGGCAGCGACGAGCAGGAAGUCGCGCUGAAGGAGGAAAGCGGUGCGACGCUGCGGUGCUUCCCCCUGGAGCAGCCUGGCGGGGGGGGCACCUGCUUCCUGACCGGGAAACCGGCCGAUCAGGUGGCCCUGUUUGCAAAGGCGUACUGA